AUGGAACAGUCUCGCGUCCAGUACGGACGCCGAAACGGCUUCAACUUCGGCAACAUCAUCGGCGACCCUUUUGCUCUGGCCACCAUCUCCAUCUCUGCACUUGCGUGGAUCAUUUCCUUCAUCUCCUCCAUCGUCGCCCAGGUCCAGACCGGGUCCACCUUCCCGACCUACACUUGGUGGACCGUCGUCUACUACUUCUUCGUCGUUGCCGGCGUCUUGGUCGUCGUCGCCUCCGACACCUCUCAGACCUACCAUGUCGCUGUCGUUGGCUACCUGGCCUGUGGCCUCGUCCUGGCUACCUCGUCCGUCAACGGCCUCGUGUACUCCAGCAACGGUGCUAAAGAAGCCGCGGCUGCUGGUUUUAUUCUCCUGUCCAUGGUGACGAUCGUCUGGAUAUUCUACUUCGGCUCAGCACCGUCUGCCGUGCCCCGCGCCUAUCUCGACUCGUUCGCCCUCAGCAAGGAAUCCAACACCAACAGACAGAACAUGGUUGGUGCCUACGGCGUUGGCCGCCCCGAGACCUCGACGUCCGCCGCUCCGCCGCAGAUGUACACCUCCGCACAGCUCAACGGCUUCGAGAACUCAUCGCCUGUCACCGGUAUGCCCACCGCCCAGCGCAACUCGACAUUGAACGGCGGUGGCUUUGGCGCACCGGCUGGCAAGACCGCUGGUGCACCGGGCGGCACGGAGGGCGAGAUAGUGCCCCCGACCGAAUACCCGUACCGCGCCAAGGCUAUCUACAGCUACGAGGCCAACCCCGACGACGCAAACGAGAUUAGCUUCUCCAAGCACGAGAUCCUCGAGGUGUCCGACGUCAGCGGCCGCUGGUGGCAGGCAAGGAAAGAGAGUGGCGAGACGGGUAUUGCACCAAGCAACUACCUGAUUCUGUUAUAA